AUGGGUAAACGGGGUGGCAAGAGAUCUGGCAAAGGUGGCAGAGGUGGCAGAGGUGGUGGCGGCGGAGCUCGCGCGGACCGCACCAAUUGGCAAGAAUAUCCAAGGAGCAAUGAGAAGUUAGAGCGCUAUUACAAUGAGCCUGAAUUUGUGCCUGAGGAGGAGCGCGCUGAGUUUUGGGCUACUUUGAAGAGGGAUCUCCCAAACAGCUUCCGUUUCACAGGCUCGCGUGGACAUGCGCUUGCUGUGCAGCAACGCUUGAAGGAUUUUUAUGUUCCCGAGAUCACUUCCAUUGAGUAUGAGGGCCAGCCCGUCGAUCCCCCUCGCCCGGUGUCGUGGUAUCCCGAUCAGCUUGCUUGGUGGAUGACGACCCCCAAGCAGGUUGUCCGACGUUUCCCGCCCUUCGCUUCGUUCCAGAAGUUCCUCGUGGCCGAGACCGAAGUUGGAAAUAUCAGUCGCCAAGAACUUGUUAGCAUGAUUCCUCCUCUCCUCAUUGACAUUAAGCCUGGUAUGGCUGUUCUGGACAUGUGCGCUGCUCCCGGCAGCAAGUCUGCCCAGCUGAUGGAGGCGAUCCACGCCGGUGAGGAGGAUGCGAUUCGGGAGAUGCCCAAGGACGUCAAGGAGGGAACUGCUGGCCCAGAACCUUGGGGCCCCGAGGGAUUGAAUGAUGAUGGCCGGACCACGGGACUGUUGAUCGCCAACGACAGUGACUAUAAACGUGCACACCUGCUUAUUCACCAGAUGAAGCGGUUGAGCUCGCCGAAUCUCAUUGUGACCAACCACGAUGCCACGAUGUAUCCUUCUAUCAAGCUUACUCCACACCCCAGUACCGACGGAAAGCCUGCCCGAAAUCGAUACCUCAAGUUCGACCGCAUUCUGGCUGAUGUCCCUUGCUCGGGCGAUGGAACUGCCCGAAAGAACAUGAACCUCUGGAAGGACUGGAACCCGGCCAGUGCUCUUGGUCUCCAUGUGACUCAGGUGCGGAUUUUGGUCCGUGCGCUUCAGAUGCUGAAGGUCGGCGGACGUGUUGUCUACUCCACAUGCAGCAUGAACCCCGUUGAAAACGAAUCUGUUAUUGCAAGUGCCAUCGAGCGCUGUGGGGGCUCGGCCAACGUCAAGAUUAUUGACUGCAGCCAAGAGCUUUCUGGUCUCCAUCGCCGACCUGGAUUGCACAACUGGAAGGUAAUGGAUCGUGAGGGUCGUAUUUGGAGCAGCUGGGAAGAGGUCAUCGCUCAGAGAGAGCAGGAGAGUGGCAACGGCCUGGCCCGACUGGCCGAGGGCAUGUUCGCACGUACAGGUGACAAGGCCAACUUGCCGCUUGAGCGCUGCAUGCGUAUCUAUCCUCACCUCCAAGACACUGGUGGCUUUUUCAUCACCGUUCUCGAGAAGACCUCCGAGAUCAAGGCCAAGCCCGAGGAUGUCAGCAACGUCAUUCCUCUCAUUAAGCCUUCUGGUACGGUCGCUGCUCUUGCUCAGGAGCUUGACUCUCGUAAUGAGAAUGGCGAGCCUUUCCAGAAGCUGGAGUCGUUGGAUGAACUUGUCCCGGCUGACCCAGAGGUUGAGGAGGAGGUUUCUAAGAAUGCCUCUGUUGCCGAGGCUACCCACCAACCCCCAUACUCUGCAACCCUUGAAGAUUCGACUACCGCAAAGCGUGAAGCUGAUGAUCUAGAGGAUGAAGUUCCAGCCAAGCGGACCAAGCUUGAGGACGGCACGGAAGUUCUAAUCGGCGACCGCCCCGUCCACCGUCCCGCCGCCUCGGUGGAAAUUGAGAACGUUGCUACUUCCACCGACAACACUCCUGCACCGACGGCCGCGUUUCCGUUCGAUAAGCCAUUGAAGAAGAAGGCUCCCCAGGAAGAUCCCUACAAGUUCCUGGACCCCAACCAUGAAGAGCUCCUCCCUAUCUUUGAGUUCUACGAGCUCUCGAAGCGAUUCCCUCGAGAUCGUUUUAUGGUUCGCAAUCUUGCAGGAAAUCCGUCGAAGACGGUCUAUUAUACCAGUCCUCUGGCCCGCGAAAUCCUGACCAUGAACGAGGGCUCGGGUAUGAAGUUCGUUCACUGUGGUGUCAAGAUGUUCGUGAAGCAGGAUGCUCAGCGCGAAAACGUCUGCCGGUGGCGCAUUCAGACCGAUGGCUUGAAGAUUAUUCAGCCUUGGAUCGGUGAUUCCCGAAACGUUGUCCUGACCGAGCGGGAGACUCUACGCAAACUGCUCGUCGAGAUGUUUCCGAAAGUUAAUGACGGUGGCUGGAAGGAGCUUGGCGAGAUUGGCGAGCGCGUGAAGGACAUUCCCAUGGGCUGCAGUAUCCUACGUGUUGUCCCCACUGGCAAGGAAAGCGGACUGACUGAACCUAUGGUGCUACCCCUCUGGCGGUCCCUGCAUUCUCUGAACCUUAUGCUUCCCAAGGAGGAGCGCCGCGCGAUGUUGCUGCGCAUCUUCAACGACUCCACUCCGCUCGUCAACCCGACUCUUGCGAAGACUAACGAACGCAAGGCUGAGAAUGGCUCGGGUUCGGAGACGCCUGUAAUCCAGACGCCACUCGAAUCCACGGCCGAGGUUGAAGAGAUUGCACUGAAGAACGAGAAUCUCGAGCUGGGCCAGGAGACCCAGGAUAUCACGAAUGAGCGUGAGACGUUCUCCAAAGAUGGAGAUGAGGAGGAUCGGAUGAAUACGACGGUUUAG